AUGGCAGUCAUGAUCCACACGGUGUUGGCCGUGCCGAUGGAGAGUUCUCUUUGGGCCCACUGCCUGACUAGUCGAGGUAACUCUGGGUGCCCAAGGGAGCUUCAGAAACUGACCCCAACAGAGCUCAGCAACAUUCAAGGCCCAACUUCUACGUCACCAGGGAACCUUAGAUUUGAACAGAAAGAGAAGGGUUUAGAGAAACCAGGAGACUACAUCAUGGCGGGGAAACCCAAGCUUCACUACUUCAAUGCACGAGGACGAAUGGAGUCCAUCCGGUGGCUCUUGGCUGCUGCAGGAGUAGAGUUUGAAGAGAAAUUUAUAGAAACUCUAGAAGACUUUGAAAAGUUAAAAAAAGAUAGCGGUUUGAUAUUCCAGCAAGUGCCCAUGGUCGAAAUUGAUGGAAUGAAGCUGGUACAGUCCAGAGCCAUUCUCAACUACAUCGCCACCAAAUACAACCUCUAUGGGAAAGACAUAAAGGAGAGAGCCCUGAUUGAUAUGUAUACAGAAGGCAUGGCAGAUUUGAAUGAAAUGAUCCUGACUUUGCUACUAUGCCCGCCCAACGAGAUAGAUGCCAAGAUCGCCUUGAUCAAAGAGAAAGUAACCACCCGUUAUUUCCCUGCCUUUGAAAAAGUGUUGAAGAGCCACGGACAAGACUACCUGGUUGGCAACAAGUUGAGCAGGGCUGACAUUUACCUGGUUGAACUUUUCUACUAUGUGGAAGAGAUUGACCCCAGCCUUCUGGCCAACUUCCCUCUGCUGAAGGCCCUGAAAACCAGAAUCAGCAACCUCCCUACUGUGAAGAAGUUCCUGCAGCCUGGCAGCCAGAGGAAGCCUCCCACGGAUGCGAAAACACUAGAAGAAGUCAAAAAGAUUUUCAAUAUUAAAUAG